UAUACUACAUAAUAUUUAAACGGGAAAUUGUUAUACUGAGCUUAUAGAUUCACUGCAGUAUUCAAAGCUUUCACGUCUCUCACCACCAAUCAAAGUGUCUGAAAGCUUUAAAGAAACUUUAAAGCUUUUUUAUUAAAACGUACGUUUAUUAAAAUAAUCCAGCAAAACUUUUUUUAAUUAAGAAAUCAGUGUAAAACAAAAGAAAACAAAAUAAACUUUAACCAAACAAAAAUGAAUAAUUCAAUAGUGAAUUUAAUAAUAUUUGGUACAUGUAUAUGUAUAAUGAUUGGGGGUCCAUACGGUACCGGUGGUGUACACGCUUGGGGUGGUUUAUUUAAUCGUUUCUCACCAGAAAUGUUAGCGAACAUGGGUUAUGGCGGAAAUGGUUAUAAUUCACAGCCUACUUCAUAUUUACAGAAACAAAAUUCCGAUGAGAAUGUUUUUGGUGAAUUAGAAUCUGAUGAUCCCAUUCCAUGUUAUGAGAGACAAUGCUCAACAAAUGAACAUUGUUGCCCAGGACAAAUAUGCUAUGAUGUUGACGGAAUUACGGGCUCAUGCGUAUUCAUAUAUGGACGUCGAGCUGGUGAAUUAUGUCACAAGGAUAGUGAAUGUGAGAGUGGCCUCUUAUGUGGUGGUCCAAUUGGAGGAGAUGGCGGAGCACGUGUAUGUCAAGUUCCAGCAAUUGGUGAAAAACAAUAUGGAGAAUUAUGUCAUAGCAGUAGUCAGUGUGAUAUUGCACGAGGAUUAUGCUGUACUUUACAACGGCGUCACAGACAAGCACCCAGAAGAGUCUGUUCAUACUUUAAAGAUCCUUUGGUAUGCAUUGGUCCUGUUGCUUCCGAUCAAAUCAAAAAUACUGUUGAACACACAGCUGGUGAAAAACGUAUCACCGGUUACAAACAUCGACUAAAUCAAUUUUAAUUCAGUAAUGAAUUUAAUUUAAAAAAAAAAUAUAUUUAACUCCCAGAUUAAAACACAGGCAUUAAUAACAUGAUAUAUUAUUUAUGAAAAUUCCCUAAAACUUCCUCCAUCAACCCUUAUUAUUUCCUUAUCUCAAAAACAACUUCCUCCUAUCAUAAAUUUUACAUUUCAACUCAUUCUUAAAAAACAAUAUUAACUCUGUUUUGAAGAACAAGACUAUUCUACUCAUCUAACAAAAUUGACAAUUGGUCAAAAGUAUUUGAAAUAUGAGAAAUUUAAUGUUCUAGAGUUAAAUAAUAUUGUUAUUUUUUAUCAGAGCUUAGUGCAAAUCCAUUGAGCCACAAAAAGUUAAGCAAAAUGUAUAUGAUGAUAACAUAUCUUACAUUAGGUUACGCAGUUUGUGGAUUAAUCUAAGCCCUACGCUCUAUUGGGCUGAGGCUUAAAUAUAAGUAACCAUGCAUAGAUUUCGAUUGAUCAUGAAUAAAUGCCCAAUAAAUUAUCAUAAUUUCUACAGUUCGUUGGAUAUUUUUGCAUCCCAGAAUAAAAAUCUAUGGGUAGCUUUCUCUAUCUAAUUGGUACCUUUUAUUUAAGCCUCAGCUGAAUGCAUUAUAUUAUUAUUCAUUUAUAAUUUAAAAUCAAAUCAAUCAAUAAUCGAUAAUAAAACCUAAAUGUUUAGAAACAUUCCACAAGAAUUUAUGUAAAGGUUAAAAUAAAAUAAACACUCAAAUAAUCAAAUCCUAACUUCUAAAAAGUUAAUACCUUAAA